AUGGCGACGGAGCUGAUCAAUCCGGCGCCGCAGGUCCUGGACCGCAAGGACCUGGCGCCGCGCAGGCGGAAGCAGGAGGCGACCCCCGAGUGGGAGCGCGAGCCCAUCGACACGGCGGAAAUCUUCGAGUACAUCCGCGACAUCACCGACCCCGAGCACCCCUACACGCUCGAGCAGCUCUCCGUCGUGGCCGAGAACCUCAUCGCCGUCGACGACGCCAAGGGCCAAGUCACGGUCCAGUUCACCCCGACGGUGCAGCACUGCAGCAUGGCGACACUGAUCGGGCUCUGCAUCCGCGUGCGGCUGCUGCGGUGCCUGCCGAUGCGGUUCAAGAUCGACGUGAAGCUCACGCCGGGCUCGCACUCCACGGAGGAGGCCGUGAACAAGCAGCUCGCGGACAAGGAGCGCGUUGCGGCGGCGUUGGAGAACCCGGGACUCAUCGGCAUGGUCGACAAGUGCCUGGAGGGCGCGGACCGGGGGCGGUGA